GGGCUGUGUCUGAAGUCUUUUCCCCUAAACUCGUCGUCGCCAUUCCUGAGGCCCGGUCCUUGCGGAUCCCUCAGCGGCCGCGUUUUCGAGAUCUAGGAGAGGACCUUCAUCCACUUCAUCACAGCUUCUUCCCACUUCGGUGUUGAAAAUGCUUUACCUGAUUGGUCUGGGCCUGGGAGAUGCUGAGGAUAUCACUGUAAAAGGACUGGAAAUUGUAAAGAAAUGUAAUCGAGUGUACCUGGACAAUUACACCUCAAUCUUGUCUGUAGAAAAGGAAAGGCUGGAGCAGUUUUAUGGAAGACCAUUGAUUGUUGCUGACAGACAGACAGUGGAACAAGAAGCAGAACAGAUUAUAAAAGAUGCUGAUGUCAGUGAUAUUGCCUUUCUUGUUGUUGGAGAUCCCUUUGGGGCCACAACACACAGUGAUCUUAUUCUGAGAGCAGUAAAGAUGGGGGUCCCAUACCGAAUUAUUCAUAAUGCUUCCAUCUUGAGUGCUGUUGGCUGCUGUGGGUUGCAGUUGUAUAAUUUUGGAGAAGUAGCAUCCAUUGUUUUCUGGACAAAGACUUGGAAACCAGAAAGCUUCUUCGACAGAGUGAAGGCAAACAGACAAAAUGGCUUGCACACACUGUGCUUACUGGACCUCCAAAUAAAGGAACUGUCUUUGGAAAAUCUAAUAAAGGGAAGAAAGAUCUAUGAGCCUCCACGAUUCAUGACUGUGAACCAAGCAGCCCAGCAACUUCUGGAGAUUGUUCAAGACCAUAGAGCUCGCGGAGAGGAACCAGCUAUCACCGAGGAGACAAUAUGUGUGGGCCUGGCCAGGGUGGGAUCUGAGGAGCAGAAAAUUGCUGCUGGCACCUUACAGCAGAUGGCGACUGUGGACCUGGGCGGCCCUUUGCAUUCAUUAAUUAUAACAGGAAACUUGCAUCCUCUGGAGGUGGAAAUGUUGAAACUCUUUCCUAUGCCAGAGGACGGCUCAUAAACCCCAAGUGUUAAAAGCUCCUGCCACAGCCUCUGUUUCUACUCUCCUUUAUUGUGUCAGAUAUAAAUACAAAGAUAUGCACCUUCAAAAGACAAAAUAAAAUGGACAAACAUUUGGCUUCAUCCCAUGAACAAAAAAGGAAGACAAACUAAUCUAACAAAACCCACUUUCAUAUAGAGGCCACAUUAUAUUCCUUCUGAUGUCAUCAUUAGUUGGUGUCACCAUGACAAUUUCCCAAGAUUACUUUGUUUGUAGCAGGGUGCAGACAAGGUAGGAAAGUAAAAUAGACAUAGGCAGAAUGGUUUUAUAACUUCCUUCCCUUAAGAAAUUGGGUUAAAAACUGCCUUGACUCCAAUUAUGGGGUGUAACUUAGAGGGACAGUUGGAAUGUGAAUCAUUCUGACUUAAACCCAGCUCCUAUUUCUGAAGGGAAGAAAUGACAGCUGUUAGAAGAAAACUAAAUAAAUGAUUGGUAACAUUUCACUCACCAUAAUUUGCUUGUCACUUUUGUGCAAGUAUAGGUUGAAUUAUUUCUGCCUAGAGUUAAUGGUAAUGUUCAGAGACAGAUUUGGAGAGCACAAACCACCAUCCAGGUCCCACCCACCUAAAAGUAUGACAGCACAUAUUCUUUGUCAAGUGACACCCCUCUGAAUUGGCUCAUCUCAUUUAAGCUGACAUCCUAAUUAUGCAGUACAGGGUUGUGUAUUGUAUUGGAAAUGCUUGAUCAGCCACAGAGUUGCUAUUGGACUUGAAUUAAAUACCAUAUUUCUUAUCCAUGUCAAGAAAGGGAUCUGCAGAAAAAGAACAUUUUUUAAAACUUCAGAUACAACUAUAGUGUGUUAAUGAUUCAUCAUUCAGCAGUUCUUGUUGGGUUGUAUCAAUAGUACUUGUUAUGAAUCUUGGCCUCAGCGCCAUCUCUUGUGCAGUGACUUAUAGGUAAAUGUCUUCCUGUGGGUCUGAUCAAGUCAUCCAGCCUCUUUGUUACUGGGCAUAUAGCUUGUUUAAUUAUUUUUUGGAGAUAUUUAUUUAAAAUGUAUCUUGAAUAUGUAUAAGAUAAGAUGUAUCAAUGUUACACGGAUUGUGAGUUGGGGGAGGGAUAGUAAGCUAUAUCAAUACAAGUACUGUACUCUCUGCCAUCA